ACCGAUUCUGCAGAUCUCCGCCCACUAAUUCCAGUCGCUCUCCAAAAUAGCCAUCUGUAUCCUCCGUGUUUUGUGGAUGUGGGUGGUUGGGUCGUUGCGUGCUGUGAUUUUUUUGAGUGUGAGAAUGCGGUAUAACUCAUGUGCAAUGGUACUGUUGUUCGGUGUGCCUUCCUCUGUGACAAGUUAGCCGCCCACGGCUUUCGAAGGCGAUGUGCUGUUCGGUAACAUGACCGAAAAAGAAACUCUCGAAGCGCUAUGGAGUGCUUUCCAGAGCAAGAAGAGUGCGUCAGCGCUGGUGAGAUACAUGACAGAAUUCCGGCGACGUUAUGCGGCUUGCAUAACACCUGCCGGACUACAAGACGAAAGAACGAAGAAAAACGUGCCACACCUGAUCGAUCUACCAGAAGGAUUUUUACUGUCAAUAGAAGACCACCUGCAGGAAUGCGAAGGUCCCUUCAGUGGGACGUCAUUGCAAGAGGCCCACCUGAUGGUUCAGGUGUUGGCCAUACUAGCAUGCAAUCAAAGCAACCUACCCUUUGUAGCGGCAAGCUCGGCCGUGCCACUUGGCAUGGCAAUAUCGUCUGCGGUCGUCAAUCAGUGUGUUCAACAGCAGCAAGAUGCAGAAGAGGGAGCAGCACAGUUUUUGUUGACCGUGUUACAGUUCCUAGAGCUGCUCUAUGAUCCAUGUAGGGUUUGGCAGAAUACCUGGGCUGGAGAUCUGCAGGGUGCUGCCAUAUCAAAAUUGAUGCAAAGGUGCCAAGCCUCAAAUCUUCAUCUGGAAGUGAUGCCAUUCCUCUACGACUGUCUACAUUCCAAACCCUAUAUGCUCCCUGAAUCCGUGCAAUUGAAAUUAGUUCAUUUAUUUGGUGCCAUCAUGAGCGGUGCUCAACACAAUGCACAGGUAGCUUUAAGUGAGGACACUGUGUCGAUGUUGCUAAUAUCGUGUCUAAGGGGAUCCACUCAAGGAGACGGAACCCAUGUCGUCCCUCCAACUGUCCGGGCGGCUGCAGGGCGUUGUCUCCUGCGAGCCAUUUCGGCCUUAACCGCCUUGCCCGUGCAUCAGAGGAAAGUGAGCCCUGACAACCUAGUGAGCCAUAUGUUGGGAGUGCUAUCAGAACUGAUGGGAGAAGAAGAAAAGCCCAACCAAGUUGAUACAGUGAUUGGGUUGCUAGCGUGCCUUCGAGAGUUGGUGAGCCGUGAUGCAGCGCUUGGCAAAAUCCUCCAUGACAACGAACUUGUGAAGUGCCUCCUUCGCUCUUUGCACGGAACCAAACUGAUUGGAAUUAGCGCACAGCGGGUGGCUGCAUCAACUGUACGCCUCCUCCACAUCUUUCUUAGGAGCUAUCCUACGGCGGAAAAGCCGUUUGCAGGAAUGUUGGGCUAUCGGAUGUUGCUGGGUACCCUGCAGAGGUUAGGGGACCCUCAUCAGGACACAAUGGAGUCGUUGCUGGAAUGGGUUGUUGAAAGGAUUCCGCGGGAUGAUUCUGACAGUGCGCUACGCAAUAUCACCUUAGCAGUACAACUUGUGCGGUGGGUUCCGACCCUGGAAAGUCCCGAGAAGCAGUUCCUUUUAGCAAACGAAGUGGCUACGCUGGCAGAGAAGGGGUCACGGGCACGUCACACAGCAUGUCGUGGAGGCCUUGUCUUGGCAACAAUUGCCCCAUUAAGUCAUAUUGGAGAUCGGCAACUCUACGGUAAAGCUGCAGGGCGUCUUUUGAGGUUUCUGGUCAACCUCGGAUCAUGCUCUGUGACACCACAGGAGCUGAAAGCACUGUUUGCUUUACUGCAUGAUGGACAAGAACAGAAUCCGUAUGUUCUUCCUGUGACGUAUGCCCUAACGUGCAUGGUGAAAGGAGACGUGUGGCCACGGGUGUCUCAUUUCUUCGACUUUUGUGGGUCAAAGGAGGGCAUAGAGAUACCUUCAAUCAAGAAAUGGCCUGGGUAUGGGUUCAGCUUUCACGCCUGGGUUCGCUUUGAUGAGUACGCGUGGAAGAAAGAACGCAACAGCCAUCGUCGACAAUUAUACAGGUUUCACUUGACCGCUGGAUCUGUAUUGGAAGCAUUCCUCACAGCGCGCGGUGAAUUGGUUGUGGCCGUGACUAACAAGAAGGAGCACUUUGCGAUUUUGGGAGACCGCAUCGACGAUGAAGCCUGGCACUGUUUGGACAUAUGCCACAGUCCAGCCCGACAUCCCUUUGGCAGUGGCAAUCUCAGCGUUUUCGUCGAUAGCAAACGGAGAGCAAGUGUGCAGCUAAAGUUACCAUCUUUUACUGAGUUCUGUCGCUGCCACGUGGGUCUGGGUAAUCGAGGAGACCAGUCUCCGUGCGCUGGAGGGGAUUCGACAGCAAACGGUGAUAACACAGCCACGCCUUCUGGAAAAGAAACCCGUGGGUCUGGCCGCGCUCUUGGACAGUUACUGACCUGGGGAGGUGCAGAGCGGCUCCUGUCAUUUGCACCGUCUGCUGCAGUGCAGUUACGAGGUUCCUCUGCACCUGACCCGGCUGUCAUUGCGACACCGACUCAGGAGGUUCAACAGGUGUGGGGGUGUCCGGAGGCCAUGGGCGGUCAGGUGGCCACACUGUGUAUAUUUUCAGAAUCACUUAACCCGGGUCAAGUGAAGAAGCUUUACAAUGAAGGACCUAAUAGCAGCACACUGUUUCAAGAUGAAAGUGACCUAGAGUUGGCUGACUUGACUUCAAAACUGGUAGUGUUCUAUGAUGCCAAGGCCUCUACAGAAGAAGCAUGCACAAACUUGGCUCCCUCCGGUCAAUAUGAUGGGCACGUCCAGGGUCGAAUCUGGCACAGCCUAAAUGCAAAGGAUUCCCUCAGUGUGAUUGGUGGAUUUCCGGUGCUCUAUCCUUUGCUAGAAAACGCUUGGAAGUCCGUCACCCCUAGCUUAUUGGCAGAUCUUGAAUCAUCACUUCUGCUGAAAAGUUCCAUGCCCGACACACCCAGUAACGGUGUCGCAGCAGGGAACUUUUCCUCCCCUGCAACAGACUGGAAGCUGGCUCAGAACCAGGUGGCAACAGUACUGAUGGUAAUUCAAUAUCUGAUGCAAGGCUGCCCAGAAAACCAGCUGAGGUUGCUCUUGCGUUCAGGGCUGCCAACUCUGGGUGUUCUACUUCAAAAGGCUCCUAGCCAAUGCAUCGAUGUCAAUGUGUUAAUGGCUGCCCAAUUGCUGGUGGAGAGGGCAGCACUGACCGACCACUCUGCUGACCUCCUGGAAGCUGUCUGCAAACACAUCCUUUUUGACUUUCGCAUUUGGAGCCGUGGCAGUUUUGCUGUUCGUAUAGGCCAUAUUCAGUACAUAAGCACAAUCAUUAAAGAAGAUAGGAAAUACUACAGAAAGAAGUAUGGACCACAGUUCCUUCUGGAUGCUACACAGAUGUUCUAUAGUGCCUGUGGUGGGUCAGAGGAGGAGGAUAUGAAGAUGAUCCGCAAGUCUGUGUUGUCUCUCGUCAAGUUCUACAUGUCUCGUGAUGUGAACGUCCAGGAUAUAACUGCCUUAGUAUCUUACAUUCUCUCGCAGAAGAAGGAGGAGCUGAUUUGUGAAGCCCUUGAGCUCUUGCUUCAGCUGCUGGAAAGCCCCACUUCUCGUGACCAGCUAGUGCUCCUGCUGUAUGAGCCUAACUGUGCAGAACUCUUCUACUGCCUCCUCCUGAACCAGGACCUCAGUAAUGAAGCAAAAGUUACAGUUAUCAAGUUACUUUGUGCAUUGCUCAAGUCCGAGAAAGUGUACGAGAAGUCUAAGGUUCGCCUGCGACUCUGGGAUGUGGGAUUUGCUGCACUGACUUCCCUCCUGCCUCCACCAGGAGAUACAUCGACUCAAGUUCUCAAAGAGCUUGUAGACCUUGUGCUCACAACAGAUACUAUGCAAAGUCUGGAUGCAUUUCUUUCCCUUCUGAGCUUCAUGCGCCUUGCUGAUGUAGAAGCAAAGCUUUAUGCCAUACAGAGGUUGUUGAAGGUACUGGAUUCCCAACCAGUGGCAGUGGUACGUUUGGCACAACUGACCGGCUGGCAGGAAUGUUUGCUCGGACUUCUCGUACAAAGACCCAUGACGGAGCGAGUUCCACCCCAAGAACCUUUCACAUCGAACUCUCAUUCGCCGAGCGGCUCUGCGGGGGACACUGGAUCGGGGCAAAGCCCAGAAGCUGGGGACGCUAUGCCACUGCGGAGACGACUAUCACGACGUGCACUGGUUGCUCAGCAGUCUCUGGAAGAUCUUCUACGACCAAGUUCACCCCGUGCUUCUAUGUUGCUCUCUCAGCUGCGAGACCACGUCAUGGACUCCGAGAUAGCACAUUUACUGACAAGUGGCCGAUCCCGUUCGAGCAGCUACAGCUCAAGUCGUGAGGAUAUUGCCAACAUGGGAGAGUCACCACAGUCACUUAGGUGUUCAUCUGCUUUGGCUCUUUCUUCAGGCCAACAGAGCAACGGAACGGUGGAAAACUUGAAGGGGGAACCAAGCGGUGGCACAAAGGAACUACUCGACUGUGUGGUAGAAGCUACAUUCCGUUUAUCAUGGAGGGGCAUUGAGGGCUCAUCUCGACAAGCUUGGUUGGAAAGGGGGCAACUUCUGGUAUGCAUCAACAAGCUAGCACUUUGCAACGAGCUUUUCUUUUCACACUUGGAGAUAAAACGUCAGCUCUUUGAGAAGUUGCUUGAAGCCUGCUGUGCAGAUAUCCAAGAUGCUGCGCAAGUGAAUGCUACUCUGACAGAAAAUGCCUCGGAGCUGGUGAAAGUGUUCUUCGACUUUGUCUGCUCUGAAAACACGGAUGAUGACCGAAGGUUAAGCGUAAAGCUACUGGAAAAUGUAUUGGGCCUGAUGGACACCCUCCUCGUGUUUGCCGAGUCGCCGGUCGAUGAAGGCUGGGAAGAGAUGGCCCAGAUGGCGCUCAGCAUUAUUCUAGUUUGCGCUACAAGUAAAAAGAUUGAGUUGUGUGCCAUGGCAACAGCUAAGCUACAUGCCUUGGUGCAGACAAGACCACAGGCAACCGUAGCGGAGACCUGCUACUUGCUCACAUGUCUCAACAGUGCACUAACAACAGCUCUGCAAGAUGGGGAACAAGAAUAUUACUCCUUUGCACUUCCUGUGGUGCGUGCACUCCUGGAUCGCCUGUCAGGGCCUUUGCAGCUGUAUAGACGUCUCCCGGACCUUCCAGAGACCAGUGUUGGACCUACCUUCUUUGAAGCCUUCAAGCAGUAUGUUCUCAAGCCAGAGUGGUCUACAUUUGUGGCUGACGUGGUUGUACCGCUUCAAGAACGUUAUGCGCUGGCGCAACGAAAGGAACGGCACGAAGCCAUGAAUGACUUCUGGAACAUGUGCUACGAAGCCUUGAUGGUAUCCAUGCAUCGACGUGGUAGGGAGGCUGGUGAGAGUAAACUGCGCUUUCAGUCGCAGGUCCUGGGAGCGUUCCAGGCACGGCUCGCCGAGGAGCAGCUGCGACUCCUGUCAGUACAAACCGGAAUACGAAGUCAGCAGCUGCUCCUGUGCCGCCAUUGGGACGCACUUAAAUUGUUUCUCGUGGGACCUCGUGGGCCCUGGGCAGCUAGCACGCAAAAGCCGCUGUACUGGAAAUUGUCGCAGCAAGAGAACUUCUCUCGAAUGCGAUUGAAGCUGACGUUGAAUCCACACUUCGAUAGCCAUUACGAAGCGAGCAGCCUCAGAGACAAUCAAGGGUACUACACAAGUCAGCAGCAACCAAUGGGUCAUCCACCUCCUGUAGCAGCUCAGGUUGCAUUGCACAGGGAAGACUCCGUACCUGAAGAAGAUUUGCCCGGGCCGCCCCCCACAGGCCAGGGACAGAGACCUGAAAGUCCUGUUGGAGAUGGUUUGAAACCAGUUGUUGAUGAAGAGUGUGACCUCGUCACUUUGAUGAAGGUUGUCCGAGGUCGUUUCCAAGCAACCGCAACGAUGAUGCGCUUUUCGGACCUUUCACCAACCAGAGAAGGCGUGAGACAAGAUUUCUGCUACCCUCUGUCUGUGCUUCGAGAAGUUCAUUUGCGUCGGUAUAACUUGCGCCGAUCAGCGCUGGAAUUCUUUUUGGUUGACCAAACAAAUUUUUUUCUCAACUUCACAACGAAGACGCGCAACAAGAUAUUUGGCAAGUUGGUAUCCCUGCAUCCUCCAAAUCUGCUUUACUCUUCAACGACAAGGUCUCCAGCAGAUGUGCUCAAAGCUUCGGGACUUACACAACGCUGGGUGCAGCGUGAGAUAUCCAACUUUGACUACCUCAUGCACCUCAACACAAUUGCAGGGCGGACGUACAACGACCUCAGUCAAUACCCCGUGUUUCCUUGGGUGCUGGCGGACUACAGUUCAGAAGAACUCGACCUAGACAAUCCUUCCACAUAUCGAGACCUGUCACGUCCCAUUGGUGUAGUGAAUCCAAAGAAUGAGGCUGAAGUGAGAGCCAAGUACGAGAACUUUGUCGACUUGACAGGAGCUGUAGAGAAGUUUCACUAUGGCACCCACUACUCCAACUCGGCUGGUGUGCUGCACUAUCUCGUCCGUCUUGAGCCAUUCACUUCACUUCACAUUGAACUCCAAAGUGGCAGGUUUGAUGUGGCAGAUCGCCAGUUCCAUUCAGUAGAAGCAACCUGGAAAAUGCUGAUGGAGAGCCCCAGUGAUGUCAAGGAGCUUAUUCCCGAGUUCUUCUACCUACCUGAAUUUUUGGUUAACAUGAAUGGAUUUGAUCUGGGUCGGCUGCAGAGCACCAGAGAACCCGUAGGAAACGUGUGUCUGCCUCAGUGGGCUAGUUCUCCGGAAGACUUCAUCUUCAAGCAUCGAAAAGCUCUGGAGUCUGAGUGUGUAUCCCUGCAUUUGCACGAGUGGAUUGACCUGAUUUUUGGCCACAAGCAGAAAGGUCCUGCCGCCGUAGAAGCGCUCAACGUCUUCUACUACGUGUCGUACGAAGGCGUCGUGGAUCUAGACAGUAUCAAGGAUCCCAUUCAGCGUGCAGCAACGGAGGGCAUCAUCAACAACUUUGGACAGACUCCGUGCCAGCUGCUCAAGGAGCCUCACCCUCGGCGCAUGUCCCUGGAGGCCUCCCUGACCGGUAGGCCAGACAGCAAGCCACCGAGCCUCUUCCUGUGUCUUCCCAACUUCAAGGCCUAUGUCAUUGAGGCACCGUUGGGCUGUCCUGUGGCAUAUGUGUGCAUUCCUCGUUGCCCCACUGCCCGGUCAUCGUUUGUGCAGCCUCACGGUGGUACCACGGAGACACUGAUAACAGUAGGGCAAGAUGGCUCUCUUGGCUUGCAUGGCUGGUUGCCUUACGACCGUACCCGUGCAUAUCCAAAUUACUUUACGUUUGACAAGGACCCUAUGCUGGCUAGUCCAAAGACGGCUCGCAAGCUUUCUGGCCCCUUUGACCCCUCACUGAAGGUGCAUGGAAGGCUGUUUGCUGUGAGCGCAGACGCCAAGUUCCUGGUCUCUGGUGGACAUUGGGACAGCAGUGUGCGUGCAUACAGUCUCGUCAAAGGGAAGCAAGUGGCAAGGAUUAUUCUACAUAAAGAUGUUGUGACCUGCCUAGCCUUAGACACAUGCGGCAUGUUUCUCAUGACCGGAUCUAAGGAUACCACUUGCAUUCUGUGGGAGCUCAACCAGCAGUCUGCACAAGGAAACUUCCUUCCAGAGAAGCCAUUUCAGAUCUUGUGCGGACAUGACAGUGAAGUGGCAUGUGUAGCCGUGCUUACGGAACUGGACAUGGCUAUUUCAGGUUCAAAGGAUGGCACUGUGAAUGUGCACAGCAUUAGGGAUGGCCACUUCCUGCACACCCUGCAGCUUCCCUGCACAAUGGGACAACCGCACGCUGCAGUUGCGCUGUUGGCCGUCUCGCACCUCGGUUACAUCUGCGUACAUAGCCGUCCACAGAACACUAGCACAACAACGAAAGGUGGGCAUGUUCUGCACCUGUUCACCAUCAACGGGAAAUACCUGAUGCAAAAGGAGGUCUCAUCGGAGGUAUCAGAUAUGCUUGCUUCGGGAGAUUUCUUGAUCAGUGGCCAUCGUGAUGGAUCACUCACUGUGUGGGAACUCUUUGGCAUGAACCCUCGGACGACGUUGUCCCUCGGAUCGCCCGUGGCUUCCCUGGCACUGAGCCCCGCCCAAUCACAUAUCAUCUGCAGCCUACGGGACGGUAAACUCAUUGUUGUUGGCGUUGCUCCACCUUCACGCUGAUUCGGCGACGACUUACUACUCCUAUCAUAUCGCUUGUGUUCAGUCUUGAUGACACCGGUGGCUUUGCUCACUUUCACAAACGAUGGCAUCGCCCCAUGCCAUGGUUUCUGUUGACGAACUUACGGGGACUGACGUGCCUUCUGGCAGACCAUUUAUCAUUUUAGGGUUGUGUUUGCAAAAAAAAAAUGCAACAUGCUUUGUUCUUUGAUCAUAUACGAUAUACACAUACAGGCCUCAUUUACUAUUUUAAAUUAUAUGAGGUUGUGAAUGGUUAAGUUAUGGAUGUAUAUUUUGAGUGCCUUUUGAUCAGUGCGCAAGUGUACCCAAAAUGGGGGGAAAGUUGUGGUUGUCUCGCCCAAGUCAAGGCUUUCUAAUAAUGCGUUCUGCAGUUGAAUGUGAUUAGGGGUACGCUGUUCUCUCCUGAUGCUUCCCACUCAACGAGAGCGUGCUGCAUGGCAAGGCAUGGGAUGAGAGAGUCUUGACUUGCGCGGCACAAGUUUUACAAAUGUUAAGCCAGGCGUAAGACAGUGUGUUGUACUUCUGCAAGGUCUUUCGUGUGAAAUAGUGACGUGAAUUAAAAGGGCCACAAAACGUGAGAUAAAUACAGCUAUGGCUACGGAACGUGCGACGCAAGAAAGCGCUCCAAUAAUGUACAUAUUUAUGCACUUUUCCCCCUUUCAGAACUAUUUGGUCAGAUUUUCUCCAGAUGAUAUAUAAAUAUAUAUAUGUAUACAUAAUUGUAUAACAGUAGGCUUAGUGUUGCAGGCCAUUUUGUGAAUGUGCCCACAGAUGUUCUUCCACAGAGAGUAUAAGUUGAUGUACAGGGACUUGUUUCUUUAUUAGCUGUUACAACAGAUUGUUAGAAAUUUUUAUACUAUAGAGUAUACCGAUCACGUCAGUAAGGGAGAGAAAGACUUGCCAGAUUCAACGCUAUUUGGUGCACGUUAUUUAGCGGUAAUGACACUGCGCUACGUUUUGCCGCUCGAGUAAUUUAUCACUUUGAGCCUGCGCCUAAGAAGUGCGAGAGGAUAUUUAUGGGCUGGUCUCGAAAAGUAAAACUGUCAAAAGCUGCA